AUGUCGAAGUCACUGGACUACUGGAGAGCGUUCUUCCGAGGGACGAACGCCGACGUCUUCGAAUUCAUCGACAAUGCGAUCGCAGUGGCUGCCCACGAUCUCCCGGAUGAUUUUCGGUCGCGGAGGGGACGGAUCAUGGAACGCCUGUACUCGUGCGAGACUGGCCGGCAUGCCCCGAGUGAAGAAAGCGAGGCGAACGGCGACAGUGGGGUUGACGUCGAGCAAGAAGCGGUGGGCAUGGACAAGGAGAGCUGUUGCAGUUGUGGCGAGGCCAGGGCAUUCGCCGAUGAGACUGACGAGCGGUCUCGAGUCUUCGGUGAAGUCCUGAGGAUCAAGCAGGUCUUGGACAAGAGUCGACUCGAGCAGUCUGCUUCGGCACUGUGCGAAUCACUGCGAAGACUUCAGUCGAUGGCCAUUACUCUGGAUAUCUUGGAGACGACCAAGAUCGGCAUAAGUGUCAACAGUCUCCGGAGAAACUGCAGAUCGAAGCAGAUUGCUCAGCUUGCGCACGGCAUCAUAGGGUAUGGUGUUCCUUACCAUUCUCGUCAAGCGUACAAGAAUGAAUUAGCUCCUGAAAAACAUGACAUUUACAGUGCUGUCACAGGAAGAAAUAGAACAAAUCUCACACUGACUGCUAAUCAAGCAAAUCUUUUCCUUGACGAAAGUCAGAAUCUUUAG